AUAGCUAUUUCGGGUCUUGGCUCCAAGAACACCCAAAACAAAGCAAAAGAAAAAAAAAAAGGAAAAAGGGCCAAAAAGGGCCACGGCCACGUGCAGCCAAUUCACUGCAAGAACUGUGUCCGGUGUGUGCCCAAGGACAAGGCCAUUAAGAAGUUCGUCAUUCGGAACAUUGUAGAGGCCGCUGCCGUCAGGGACACAUCCAAAGCAAAUGUCUUCGAUGCUUAUGUGCUUCCGAAACCCUGUGUCAAGCUGCAUUACUGCGUGAGCUGUGCUAUUCAGAGCAAGGUAGUCAGGCCUUUGAAGGACUGAACACCCCCACCAUGAUUUAGACCUGCUGGUGCGGCACCACCAUUUCCACCAAGGCCCGUGUAAAGAGGUGGCUUCAUAAAGGCAGAAGAAAAAAAAAAAAAAAAAAGAAAAAAACACCUUGGAAAGAUAAAAUGGGACUUACACUUU